UCUAACUCACCGGACAUACCUAAAACACAGCCUUGCGCAGCAUCUGUCUCCCCUUGAACGGAUUCUUGGGCAGCACAUAUGUAAAUAUCCCACAUCCCACUCGAGAUCGCCAAUGCCCCUAUCGAGGCAUGAGACCUCCCUCGACUUUAGUAUCUGUAUGCCUUCGCGCAGGAAGAUCUAGACGCCCAAGGACGUUCCCUGGCGGCCCCUUCAAUUACUGCUAUCAUUCCCAGCGUUAUUUUUCUUCCGACAAGAAAGACCCAGGCGAGCCGCUGCGGAUCCUAUUCUGCGGCUCCGAUGCAUUCAGCACGGCCUCCUUGAAGGCUCUGUAUGACUAUUCCCAGUCACCGGAAAGCAAUAUCCUUUCCAUCGAUGUCGUGACCAAGACCGACAAAAGGACCGGCCGCGGUCUGAAACUGCUCAAGCCACCAUUUAUCAAACCUGUCUCAUUGGAGUUGGGGCUUCCUGUCCAUCAAAUCGACACUUUCAGAGGAUGGAACCCCCCGGAGUAUCGUACCAGCAACGUCAGCUCUAUCAAUCUGGUGAUAGCCGUCUCGUUCGGGUUGUUGAUCCCACCGAGGAUUCUGAAUAAUGCAAAGUACUCGGGUCUCAAUGUCCAUCCUUCAAUGCUCCCUGAUUUGCGGGGCGCUGCUCCUAUUCAGUGGACCAUUAUCCAUGGCCGCACGACUACCGGAAUCACGCUGCAGACUUUGCAUCCGAAGAAGUUCGACGAGGGGAUUAUCCUGGACCAAACGCCCGCACCGGGUCUGCCCAUCCCCAAUCCGGACACUAUCAACGUUGCAGAAUUAACGAGUCUGCUUGCGCCUCUGGGAGCGAGAAUGCUGGUCAAUGCCAUCCGGAACCGGCUUUACAUUCCUCCUUAUAACCCAGUUCAGAAACCGCAGGGCAGUAAUCCGAACCAAGUUCCUUAUGCACCAAAAAUUAGGCCGCAGAUGUGCGCGAUCGACUUCCGUGCGCUCACAGCAACCGAGAUCCUGAGACGCGGUAGGGCAAUCAGGCCACUGUACGCCUUUGCAAAGCAUACAGCACCACAGGAACGCGUGUCCAGGAUCAAUUUCGGAACAGAUAUGAGAGCUUUUACCGACGAAGACGUCCCAGAAGUUUUGAGGGCGGAAGUUGACUCUAUCCCUGUUGGCCUACCAUAUGCGAUCACCGAGUUGCAUGAAACCGUUGAUCAGAGUACAAAGCCAUUGCUUGUCAACACCAUUCCACCCGGAGAGGGGCCUGACCGGCGACUUGUCUUCCCAACAAUUACCGUUUCUUCCCUGAAGAAGAGCUACGGAGCUGCAGCUGCUUCUCGCGCGGGGUUCUUCUCCCAGCCGGUCAUCGUUGGCAAUCAAAAGUUACAUCGAUUCUCUCAACCACUUUUUGUGCCGGAGUCAUCGUGAAGUCGUAGGUCAGGGGACAGACAUCGGACUUAUGCAAUGACCAUGCCGGCGUCUGUCUAUGUUAGCAAUACAUCUUUGGCCCGGACUAGUAGACAUACCAACUACAAUUUGCUGGCCGGUCAUAGACGUGUUCUUGGCCGUGGAGAUGUACGCAUCUGCGCAAUCCUCCAAAUAGGUCUUUUGGGCGUCAGCUUGGCUCAGGGGAAAAGAAAAUAUGACAGACCUCAUGCUUCAACGCGGCAGCGUUCUUAGCAGCUUGGAUUCUUUCUUCACUAUAUCGAAGACCCUGCGAAUGGUGUUAGUCGCAGAAGGACUGGGCCGAAUCUUCCAGUCUAGUGUGCAAGAACUCACCCACUCGGUCAACAGCAGGCCUGGCAAGACAGCGUUGACUCUGACCUUUGGCCCCUGUGUGGAGGCAAGACAUUUCAUGAGAUGGAGGCCGGCAGCCUUGGUAACUGAAUAGCCCAUGCUGCUUCCACUACACACUUUCCCCUGCAGGAGCUGAGCAGGUGCCAGGAAUGAACUCCAGGCGGACUCACAGCAAUCGAGGACGAAAUGAGAAAGACUCCACCGUCUGGAUUGGCGUUGAAGAUGGGAGCAGCUUCCUGCAUCAAGACCAAUUGGGACAUCACAUUCGUGGACCAACACUAGAUCAGUGAGUAUUGGCUGAGACCAUUGCUGGUUUCGUCGUACCUUGUUCCACUCAUCGUGGCUAAGGUCGUUGAUAUCACCAAAGUUGGCGAAUCUCGUCCACCCAGCAUUGUUGAUAAUGAUAUCAAGCCCACCGAGUUGCUGAACAGUCUCCUUGACGAGGCGGAUGCUGUCUUCAGCUACACCAAUGUCCUACGUGCUUGAAUUAGUGCCGGCACCCGCGGACCCUUUGGUCUGGAAAUUGUAUGGGGCUCACUGCUUGAAUAACCACGACUUUGACUCCGAAUUCCUUGCGGCAUUUCUCGGCCACCUGGUCGGCCCUAUCCUUCCUGCUCACGUAGUUGACCACAAGGUUAGAACCUUCCGCAGCGAACUUCUCACAUAUCAGAGCUCCCAGUCCCCUACAGAUUCUUCAUUAGAGGUCGUAGCUGAUCUUGGUGUUGUCAAUGCUUGCCUCGAGCCACCAGUCA